GGCAAUGUGACAGGUCGAGACGAUCCAUGCGCGGCAACAGCACAGGCUCGGGAUGAACCUAAGACGCCCCCACGAGGCCUCCAAGAUGGCCCAAGGCAACCACCAUAAUUAGUCCAUUUUGGCACAAGGCAUUCUGGCCAUUCUUUGUUGCAGACAGGGAUGAUUCACGCCGGCAGCGGCUUCGGUAGCGGCGGCGUGGGCAUGGGUUACGGCGGCGCGUACGGCGGCGACAGUUGCUGCGGCGGUGGCGCGGGUUACGGUGGUGCGUACGGCGGCGACGCGGGAUGCUGCGGCGGCUCGGCGGGCUACGGGUACGGCGGCGCCUCUGGCUUCGGUCUCGCGGGCGGCAUGCCGCCACAAACUCAGACCUACAUGGGGCCUGGUGGAGAUUACGUGCAGGAGACGACGUACAAGUACAUUGGCAUGGGGGCGGGCGGCCCGCAAGCAGUCUCGGAGACGGUCAUCUCGAGUAUAUUGCCCUUGCCUCGCCGUGGCCCCCACUGCUUGUGCCUUUGCCUGAUCCCCUUGCUACUGUCGCUUCUGUUACUCCCGCUGCUGGGCUGGUUCCUAAUGGGCUCAACCAGCACUACGACGACCACCACGAUUCUCAUCACAACUCCACCACCACCGCUGUUGGCAGCGCCGCCGACGCCUCCGCCUGAUGCUCCGCCCACGACCAAGAAAACCACCACCGCGGCUCCGCCGCCGCCCCCGCCACCGCCGCCUCCGCCUCCGCCGCCCCCACCGCCACCGCCGCCCCCGCCGCCGGAGCCGGUGACGACCACGGAGAAGAAGGUGGACUGCGCGGAAGGUGAUCCGCCGUCUUGGGACGUAUCCAAGAAGGUCACGUGCUGCUUGCAGGCUGGCAGGGGGUGCCCUACGACGCCUCCGCCGCCGCCCCCGCCCCCGCCGCCGCCGCCGCCCCCUCCGCCAGCCCCAGUGGCGCCGCCCCCGCCGCCCCCGCCGCCACCCGCGCCUGUGGCGCCGCCUCCGCCACCGCCAGCUCCUGUGGCCCCGCCUCCGCCAGCCACGACGUCUGAGCCGUACGAUUGCGCGGCCGGGUAUUCGAAUUGGGAAGCGGGGUGGUCCACGGACAAGAAAGGCUGGUGCUGUUCCAAUAAGCACAUGGGCUGCGUCGAGACGACGCCGCCGCCGGCCCCGCCUUCCGAACCGUAUGACUGCAACGCUGGGUAUUCGAAUUGGGAGGCCGGCUGGUCGCCGGACAAGAAGGAGUGGUGUUGCUCAGAGAAGAAGAUGGGUUGCGUCGAGGCCGCAUCUAAGCCUUAUGACUGUGACGCAGGUUAUUCCAACUGGGAGGCUGGCUGGAGCGAGGAUAAGAAAAGCUGGUGCUGCACCAACGAGCAGAAGGGCUGCCCGAAGUGAGUUUGAAGAGGUAGCAGGUUCUCCAUGCAGUGCCGUGCUCGGACCAUGCGCAGCCCAAGUGUAGGAUACGGGGAGUCUAUUCGGGCGUGGUAAGGUCUUCUGGCGGCCAGCACGCUGCGCAACCACUUUCUUCAUGCGCUCGGGAUCUGAGCAGAGACUCUUGCUCGAGGCAUGGUUAUCCCACUGCUCCUCUCGACAGGCAAAGGUACUGCGGGAUGUGAGCAUGAGAAUUAUUUUACCCCAUCUGAUCCGCAUCGACACUUACCUCCGAGACGUGAUGGUAAUCGCGGGUGCGUGGCCCAAGGCAAUGUGACAGGUCGAGACGAUCCAUGCGCGGCAACAGCACAGGCUCGGGAUGAACCUAAGACGCCCCCGCGAGGCCUCCAAGAUGGCCCAAGGCAACCACCAUAAUUAGUCCACUUUGGCACAAGGCAUUCUGGCCAUUCUUUGUUGCAGACAGGGAUGAUUCACGCCGGCAGCGGCUUCGGUAGCGGCGGCGUGGGCAUGGGUUACGGCGGCGCGUACGGCGGCGACAGUUGCUGCGGCGGUGGCGCGGGUUACGGUGGUGCGUACGGCGGCGACGCGGGAUGCUGCGGCGGCUCGGCGGGCUACGGGUACGGCGGCGCCUCUGGCUUCGGUCUCGCGGGCGGCAUGCCGCCACAAACUCAGACCUACAUGGGGCCUGGUGGAGAUUACGUGCAGGAGACGACGUACAAGUACAUUGGCAUGGGGGCGGGCGGCCCGCAAGCAGUCUCGGAGACGGUCAUCUCGAGUAUAUUGCCCCUGCCUCGCCGUGGCCCCCACUGCUUGUGCCUUUGCCUGAUCCCCUUGCUACUGUCGCUUCUGUUACUCCCGCUGCUGGGCUGGUUCCUAAUGGGCUCAACCAGCACUACGACGACCACCACGAUUCUCAUCACAACUCCACCACCACCGCUGUUGGCAGCGCCGCCGACGCCUCCGCCUGAUGCUCCGACCACGACCAAGAAAACCACCACCGCAGCUCCGCCGCCGCCCCCGCCACCGCCGCCUCCGCCUCCGCCGCCCCCACCGCCACCGCCGCCCCCGCCGCCGGAGCCGGUGACGACCACGGAGAAGAAGGUGGACUGCGCGGAAGGUGAUCCGCCGUCUUGGGACGUAUCCAAGAAGGUCACGUGCUGCUUGCAGGCUGGCAGGGGGUGCCCUACGACGCCUCCGCCGCCGCCCCCGCCCCCGCCGCCGCCGCCGCCGCCGCCCCCUCCGCCAGCCCCAGUGGCGCCGCCCCCGCCGCCCCCGCCGCCA